GCCAAAAUGGCGGCGCUCGGGCGUGGGGCUGCUGGUGUGGUACCGGUGGGAACUGGGGAAGCGCAGAAGGCUUUCAUGAGAGACAGAGGAUAAAGAUCAUUGUCAGCAAGCAGCUACUGUUUCCAUCUCCCCACCUGAAGAGAUAGAGCAGGGAGAGCAGGAUAUCAAGAUGGCAACACAUACGCAUAGUCAGCCCAGUCCUCUAGAAGAUGCAAAGCUCAGAAGACCAAUGAUCAUCGAAACCAUAGAAAAAAAUUUUCAAUAUCUUAGAAAAGAAAACACCGUAAAUAUAUAUGGAACAGUGUUCUUUGGAACAACAGCUGGUUUCUCUGGAAUACUGGCAAACUUCAUUUUCAGACACUGCUUCAAGGUUAAACACGAUGCUUUGAAGACAUAUGCAUCAUUGACUAUACUUCCAUUUUUGUCUACUAUAAUUACUUACAAGCUCUUUGUAACUGAUGCUUUGUAUUCAGGUAAUAUAAGCAAGGAAAAUUGUGUUCUGAGAAGUUCACUGACUGGCUUAGUAUGUGGUGUUUUUUAUCCCAGUGCUUUGGCUUUUUCUAGAAAUGGACGACUGGCAGUCAAGUAUCAUACUGUUCCACUGCCACCAAAAGGAAGGGUUUUACUCCAUUGGCUUCUGCUUUGUCAAACAGAGAUGAAAGCAAUGGCAGUUCCUCUAAUCUUUCAGAUAAUUUUUGGAGUAUUCAAUGGUCUACAACAUUACGCAGCAUUUGAAAGGACACACGAGAAAACUGUACAUGAAGAUUAACCAAAGAAUGAAUGGAUACUGACUCAGAAGGGAUUUUUAUGAUGAGGACUCGGGCAUUGCUGAAAGACUUAAAAGUAACUCUGGACAGACAGUUUGUUUCUGUCCCUUAUGCCUGGUAUAUAGCAGAUACUCAACAAAUAUGCAGUAAUUAAAUAAACAAGUGUACGUUUUAUUUUUCUUUCUUCAUUGUAUGUUUAUUUUGCCUGGUAUAUAGCAGAUGAUAAAUAUUCAGUAAUUCAAUAAAUGUAAA